AAUAAAAUUCCUUACAAAUUUGUUACUACCGUUUAAAAUCGACAUUUCAUUUCUAAUCAUUCCGCGCCAAACUAGAAGAAGAAGAAGAAGAACAGAUGGCAGUCUUAUGCUUUGUGUUGGAUCUAUGUAGCCUAUCGCCUCCAUUGCUUCGGGACCUAAAGCAGUGCUUCUUGCAGCUCGCCAAUUUAUACGCAAUUUCAUCGCAUUCGUCGUUUCAGCCUCCAUCGGACUCCCUCAGGGACAGAAUCGGCUUGUGCUAUGUCUCCAAUAAUCGCAUUUCUUCGUCUCAUGAGCUAAAAAUCGCAUAUAGUCCUAGAGGAAAUUUCAAUCUCCGCGAUUUCCAUCAUGCCGUUAACAACUUGCCUGGCGAUGCCUUUUUGCCUGAGAUUGACGAUUCUGGAGCUCUCCUGUCAAGCGAUGUAAAAUUACCAAGCGUUUUGAGCGAUCAAGUCCUAUACUCCUGGGGAGGUAAAGAUUUUAUGAGAAAAGUGAUAGUUUUGAGCUCCUGCUUAACUGAGAAAAUAGACUCCGACAUGAAAGGUAUUCUCGCGGAUGCAGCAGACAAGUGUGUUUCAGUAGAGUUUGUAUUGUUUGAACAAAGCGCAAGCUAUCUCAGCAAUGUGCAGGAAAAUAUCAACUGUUUUGCAACAAGUUUAUCUGAUCUUGAUAAUUGCUCCUUCCAGACCUAUCUCCCAGAUACCAGAGUAUUUCAUAGUCUGGUAAAAAGAUGGCUACAGGAUUUAAAAGAUGACAUGGAAGAGCCACUGCAAGCUCGUUUUAUCUUUAAGUCCAACCUUGUAGGCUCUUUGAAUCAAAUAAGCUGCAGCUUGUCAAUAUCUGUCAGUCAAAUUAUUGAUGGCUUCAGUGCUUGUCAGACAUGCAGGUGUCAUGGCAUAGUGUUGGAUAAUGCAGUAAAAGAUAAAGCUGAUAGGCCUUCUUGUCCAGUUACAGGCAAUGAUCUUGGAACAGCUAACGUGAUUGAUAAUUCUGUAAAAGUUGGAGACAAAACAAUCUUGUUUAUGCCCUCUUUUCAGAGCUCAAUGAAGCUCCAUCAAGUUUCUUCACCCAUAGAUUUCAAUGUUAUUGAGAGGACUAAUCUGAGUUCUUUAAGUGAAGGGGUUAUGUUUGGAACGUCACAUUAUGUAGCUCCAUCAGCUUGCAAUGAAAUAGAAACCUCUUCAGAUGAAAUGUUCAAGCCUGAAUUGAAUUUUCAACUUUUUCAAGGGAUUUGCAGUGCCCUACAUUCAAUGGAUCAAGGGUUGAUAUGUUCUUCAUAUUGCAAUGUGGAAACCAUGAGAGAGACAGCAUUCCAUUGUUAUUAUAUUCUUCAACCAUCAGAAAAUGGACCAAUGCUCCUCAGGCGUCUUGCUGCUCUAGAGGAAGUCUUGCCUAGGCCUGACAUCAAUCCAUUCAUUCAUUCUUCAGUCUCUAAGGAUAUUCAGAAUGCCAUUCAUGAAUCUGUAUUAAAGAUUGAGUUGAGAGACUAUAAUCCAGUCCUACAUGAGAGAGGGUUCCAUCAAAAGCUGAACUUGCUUGUGAAAGAAAGCCUACAAUUUGGGUCAAUUCCACCUAAACAGAAUGAGGCAUCUGAACUGAACUCAAAGCAACCAAAUUCAUCAGAAUUGAAUAUAAAACCAAAUCGUAUAUUAGAUACUAUAGUUGUUGAAGAUGAACCCUCACUGCUUAAUCGGACAGUUAAAGAAGACAAAACCACUUCCAUUGCAGAAGAAUGGGAGCAGCUGGUUGUCAGUGAAGACCCCAGUAUAUAUUCUCCCGCUUGUACUUCCAAGCCUAAGAUUGAUAUAUUAGUUUUAUCCUCACCAGACAGUAAUAAGCAGUUGGAUGUAAAAACUUCAAAAAUAUUAGAGAGAUUAGAGGUGCCAAGACAAUUGAAAACAAAGAUAACUUCUCCCAUUCUCACAGGCAGCAGCCUCUCAGAAACAGGCAUGCCAACCAAAAGGCCUCUGAUCCCGUUCCAGCACACCCAUGCAACAGAACAAAGUUGGAGUUCAAGCCAGUUAAUGAAACCCAAUUUCCAGAGGGCUAAAAGGAAACAUAAAUGAAAAGAAGGAUCCCUUCCUGCGUAGCAGAGUUGUGCCAGGUGUCUCUGAGGUUAGUAUAUGCUUUCAUUUUAGUAGGCUUACAAUGAAAACUUUUUUUUUUCUUUGUAUAGACUAUCCAUUAAGUAGCAUGCCUGUGAAAUUCUGUUAUAAUGAUUCUCCUGAAGGCCGAAAUUGAGAGCAACUUAUCUGCUUCUAUGAAAUGGACUGCUUUCAAAUAUCCUUCUGUAUCUUACCUGCAUAUUUUUGCCUGCAUUCUUUUUUU